GGUGACGCCUGAUCAUUAAAAACUGCCAUUAAAAUGAACAGAAAUGAUCAAUAUCUCCACCGAGUACAUGAUGCGGUCGUAACGAGUUAGGCGAGGCAUUCACCGCCCGGCUUGAUACCCAAGCUUUAGAGAACGAUCAAUCAAAUGUGUACUGUUUCAGACAGAAACAUGUACAGUGUUUUUCUGCGAGUGUAGACAGCAGUAGACUCAGUUCACUGCCUUCACAGCUUCCGAGAACCCGCAAGCUAGCGAGCUAGCUUCAUUGCUGCAGCCUGGACCGCUGAAACAACGCAGGGAGGCAACAAGCAGACAAGAGCGGAAGACACGUCGCAGUAGGCAGCAUUGAAUCCGUUGUGUUGCAAGGGCUGAGGCUGUGGCUGCCCCGGAAAUACAGAUGAAAUUUUGAAAACACACCAGCCACUGGCGUGUGAGGCCAGCUGUCUUGCAGACAGGACAAUAAAUACUCAUUUUCUCACACACGUACACACACGUUUCAAUCAGCUGUCUUUUGGUGCUCUAAGCCCAAUGGCAAGCAGGAGGAAGUCUACGACCCCAUGCAUGGUCCUGCCGUCAGAUGUGGUUGAGCAGGACCCAGAGAUGGAGGCCAUGGAUGCAAGUGAGGGAUCCGGGAUUGGGAUCACAGAGGCGGGACCUACGGAGGGAGCUGUCCCACCAGCUGACCUGGAGCCAGAGCAUGAUGGACGCCAUUACACCGGUGAGGACAGCUUUGCCCGCAUGAAACGCCAAAGUCAAACUGGUGUCUUGGAUCCUUCACCCCCAGACCUCACAUAUGAGGGUGGCUUCUCUCAGCCUGACAUGGAGGACAGCGAAGACCCAUCAGUGUCCAGCAUUUCGCUCAGCAAGACUCCGAUCAUGAAGAUGAAGAGCAAAUCGGAGCCCAAGAGGAUUGCGGUGUCGGUGAAAGGCACGGAUGAGGGUGACGCGGUGCCGGACAGCGACGGCGACCCCGAGCCCAUGGACACCACGUCGUCCGUGGUGGCUCCCAUACCUGCUGAGAUGCUCAGCCAAAUCCCGAUGGAUCCAACCAAGUCCAACAUCCUCGUCAACAUUCCCAGCCCGCUGGUUGCCGACGGCAAGAAGACGGUGCUCAACCAGGCCACGGUGCUUCCUGCGGGCCUGGCACAGGUGCUCUCCGCCCUGCAGGCUCAGCAGAGUGCCCAGGCUCAGCUUCUGAUCCCAGUGAGCAGCAUCCCCACCUACAACUCUGCCAUGGACACCAACACGGUCCUGGUGAACACCUACAAAAAGUUCCCUUAUCCCUCUGUGUCGGAGAUCAUGGGGCUGUCUGCUCAGACCAAGUUCAGCGAGGAGCAGAUCAAAAUCUGGUUCUCGGCCCAGCGACUGAAACACGGCGUGAGCUGGACACCGGAGGAAGUGGAGGAGGCCAGACGGAAGCAGUUCAACGGCACGGUGCACACAGUGCCGCAGACCAUCACGGUCAUCCCGGCUCAUCACCUCUCGGCCACCAACGGCUUGCAGUCCAUCCUGCAGACGUGCCAGAUAGUGGGGCAGCCGGGUCUGGUCUUGACCCAGAUGGGCACAGCCAACAGCCUGCCGGUCACCACCCCUAUAACGUUGACCGUGGCAGGGGUCCCCACUCAAGCCCAGGCCCCCAAGGUCAUCAGCUGCCAGGCCAGCCCUGCAGUGAGCGAGACCAAGAGAGCUACAACUGUCCAGCCCCCAUCCCUUACCCCACAGGAGAACUCGGCCCUCAGCGCAGACCACUUUGGCAUGAGGCCUAAGAAGUCCAAGGAGCAGCUGGCCGAGCUAAAGGCCAGUUACCUAAAGAACCAGUUUGCCAGCGAUGCAGAGAUCGCUCGCUUGAUGAAACUCACCAACCUGACUAAGGGCGAAAUCAAGAAGUGGUUCAGUGACACGCGCUACAACCAGCGUAACUCCAAAAACAGUCAUGUCAUAGUUUUCCAUGAGAACACUCGGUCUAACAGCAACAGUGGUCCCAUCGUCAUUGAUUCCAGUGACGAGACACCUCAGUCCCCCAUCCCCUCACCCGUCAAGGAAAAGGAGACACGUGCAAAGACCUGGAACCCUUUCCCCGAUUUCACGCUGCAGAAGUUCAAAGAGAAGACUCCUGAGCAGCUAGUGGUUUUGGAGGAGAGCUAUCAGAAAUGUGACACGCCCACGGACGAUGAGCUCAAUAGACUAAGGGCAGAAACGAAACUGACCAGGCGAGAGAUUGACGCCUGGUUCACCGAGAAGCGGAAAUCCCCAUCGGUGGUAGCAGCAGCAGCAGCAGCAGCAGACCAGACCGACCCGAAAGCGGAUAAGUCCGAGGGAGAGUCCCGGAAGGGGAGCCAGACUCCCCCGGGAGCGAGACGUUCCAGCAAAGACAAAGUCACAAAGAAAACCCCCGAGCAGUUGCACGUUCUGAAGAGUGCCUUUGUGCGCACGCAGUGGCCGACCACCGAAGAGUACGACAAACUGGCCGAGGAGAGCGGUUUGCCGAGGUCGUACAUAGUCAACUGGUUCGGGGACACCCGCUACGCCUGGAAAAACGGGAAUCUCAAGUGGUAUUUUUACUACCUGAACGGAAACGUUGAGGGCAUGAACGGGAACAAGAGCAGGAAGAGGAGAGUGCGGAAUCGGGGCUGGGGUCGGUCCCGCAGCCGGAAGCCCAAGAAGAGCGUCGACCCCGAGAAGCCCCCUCCAAUCAAGUUCAAGUCCGGCAAAGACAUGCUCAAAGAGUACUACCUAAAGCACAAGUUCCUCAAUGAGCAGGACCUGGACGAGCUGGUGGCCAAGUCGAACAUGAGUUACGAGCAGGUCCGGGAGUGGUUCACCGAGAUCCGACGGAAAGUGGAUGCAGGUGUGGAUCCCUUCGCCGAAGCAGGAGGUGUGGACGAGCCCGAGGAGGAGGAGGAGGAAGAGGAGGAGUCGCAAGGGGAAAACGAGACGACUGCCGAAGAAGCCGAGAGUACCGCUGCCGGUGGUGGGGAGGGAGAUGGGGAGGGGGAGGGGGGCGAGGAAGGUGAGGCGGGCGAGGAAGACGACGAUGACGACACUGACGACAGUGAAACCUGGAAGCCUCCACAGAGCAUCAGAAAAACGGAGUCGGCUGCCGAGGAGCAGUGAAAGGGCUCAAUUGGCGGUUGGUUGUCGAAGGAUACAGCACAUGUUUAAGUUCAGUAUACUGUCAGUGUGAUUUGAGAAGCACUGCCUGACUGAGACUCCCACUUUUACCUGCCACCCAUUCACACCUUGCACCUUACACACCUAAUCAUUCAAGCAUUUUAGGCCUGUGUUAGUAUUUGCGCUUUGAAGUUAAUGACAAAAAUUUGAGCAAAAAAGAAAUAUAACCGAAAUGGACACUGAUGGUCAAAAAUCCACUCUAACCGGAGUAGCAGUAUUUCAACAACAUGAAGAAUUCUAUCCAAUUAGAGUAUCUGAUAAAGCAGAAUCAGCACAUUUCUCACACACGUAAUUAAAUUAUAAUUACUAAGUGUAUUUUGAAUCCCCCUGAAGAACAGCGUUGCUUAUGUACUGAAAAGAGGCAUGAGGGGAAGGAUUUACUGUAAAGGGUUUGUUUAUUGCUUAUUUGCAAGGAGGACCUGUGGUGCCAAAGCUACUCUGUUGAAUGUUCUGGUCCCCUCUGCUGUUGCUGUUACAAGAGGUGUCCACCAGGGGAGUAUGCAUGGUUUGUGUGAUCUCCAGAGGUGCUGGGAGGUCGACACAUAAUUAGGCACUUUGUCAACCACUUGUGUUAUUUAAUAGUGGUUUUAAAAAGAAAGACACUUGACUAGCCACCUUAAUUCUCAACAGCCAUCUGAUGGUUUUGAGAGACCAAACAUUAACAUAAAAUGAUGUAUCAAGAAAAGAAAAAAAACACACAUUUCGCCUCUGGUGCCCUAUGUAGCUGUUGAGUGGCUAAGAGGAGAUGACCACAUAUACCCUUACCCCACCAUAUACUGACAAUGAUCUGUAAAGUGAAACAGCACAACCAACAAACAACCAAUGAAGAGCUGUGGCUAUAGCUGCUUGUAGUCUAUCAGACCUGCACUAUGUGGAUGGUAUUUUUAAUCUUCUUAAUUGCCCUGUGUCUUUGUGGUUUUUUUUAUUACGAUAAUCAUGUAAAACAGUACUUGCCUAGUGCCUGUGUGUAAGGGGGAGUGGAGCCGACUUGUGGACUCUAAUAUUUUUUUUUUCAACUGGACUGUUUCAAAGCCAGUCUUUUCUAAUUUGUGUCUAAAUUGCAUGUCGCCUUUUAUUGUUUUGCGCAAAGUAGUAUGCAGGGCUGUACAACCCUUAUCUCUUCUCCUCCUCCUCUUCGUCUUUUGUACAACCCUUAUCUCUUCUCCUCCUCCUCUUCGUCUUCUAGUUUCCCUUCCUUCUCUUGUCUUCAAAAGCCACACCCAAGAUCUACUUUUAUGUGUGUUUCUGCGUGUGUGUUCUAAUGGUAUUGAUCUAUUCAACUAGAUGAAAAUAAUCCUGCAAAACCAGUUAAAAUAUCUGUUAGGAAUAUUGUUUCAACUACAUAAUUAAGAAGUUUUCAUCCAGAAAAUCAAUAUAAUUGCCUUGAAGACACGUUUACGUGCAUCACAGUAGAGUUUUACUGGGAUUUAUUACCUAAAAGUGAUAGAGUAAAACCUCUUUACCAUGCAGCAUGGUAUAGACCUUUGAUUUCCGUUUUAUGUGCAUGAAAAACAUUACUAGUAUUGGCAUUACUAGAAAUUGGAAACACUGAUCCCAAGUACAGCAUGCAAUAACUUUUAGUUAGUCACAGGAUAAAGGUUUGCUCAUUUUGUACAUACAGUCUUUUAUGCUCCCAAAUUUUACAAGUAGUUUUUAAUAGUUUUAUAUAUGUUUAUAUUUAUGAUGAUAAAAUCCACCUUGAAUUUACUCAAUUAGUUUUACGGUAUGCUGUGGAUGAUUGGACAUAAUCCGUGCAGACUGGCUACUUUGCACCUUUUCAAAAGAUGAAUUGAUGUAGAUUCAGCCGCGAAGUUGAACUGGUUUUAAAUCAUUUCAGUUUUUAGUUUAGCCUCUGAGUGCAAUGUAGAUUUCCCUUUAACCAUACUACCAUAUUGUGCAGUUGAGGUAAUGAGUGUGUGUGGUGGUAAGUACGGUCAUAACAUAGUCAAUAAUAAUUUUAACCCUUUGUGUCCUAUUUCUCAACCUAGAAGUUCUCUGGUUUCGCAAGCUUGUUCUCUAGUUUGAUCAUUAGUUGCUUCUAGAAACACUUUAUUUUAGUAAUGUGUGUGUCAGUGCAGAAAAAAUUGGUGGGUUUUAAUGAAAUGUACCUGUUAGCUUUUCAACAGUCAUUUCACACUGACCACAUUGGUACUAGACUUAAGACUAGUAAUGUACUUGUUAACAGUUAUCAGUGUGGAAUCUAAUGCCUCAUUGCAUUUUAGUUCAGACAGCUCAGCAAAGUUACAGAGAACCUGAAGCUAUCACUGAAGUGUUACUGGUUUCACUGUCAUUGAUUUGAAUGAGCCUGGAUGGAUAUUCUGUAGGCACCUCUGCUGUCAGUGUCAAAAGCUUUAUUCCCCUGAGCCAUAGGCCUUGUGCAAUGUUAUUAAUUUAAAUUGAAUUGUCCUUCUAGGCUGUGGCUUGAUUUAGACAAAAAUAUAUAUUUUAUACUUGUUUGAGGAUCAAACAAAUAAAU